CAGCCUCCCAGACUCCUCCCAGGAAGUCAUCGCUGCGAGCGAAGCCUUUCGGAUGCACCGGGACGGCGGCAUGUGUGCAAAGGGACCGGUGCCGCACUUGGGCAGCCUAAAGCAGACCGGCCCCGCUGGGUGUCCGCACCCGUCGGAGUGAGCAGCCGGAGCCGGGGCAUGCUGCAGAGAGUGGGGCCGUCUCUGCGUCACGUCUUGCUGGAGGGGGCGAACGGUGUCGGACACAGCUCAUACUUCAGCAAGGCAAAAAUGUCGAGGCCGGUGCAAGCUCGGAGGCUGGAGGGAGUGGAUAAGAAUAUCUGGGUGGAGUUUGUCAAGCUGGCCACCACCUACGCCACGGUGAACCUGGGCCAGGGCUUCCCCGACUUUCCGCCGCCGGACUUCUUGAGGGAGGCGUUCGUGAGAGCCGUCGGCGGGGAGGACCACAUGCUGCACCAGUACACCCGGGCCUUCGGCCACCCUCCGCUGGUGAAGAUCCUCGCCCAGCUUUUUGGGAAGCUGCUUGGGCAAGAGCUGGACCCUCUGUCCAACGUGAUGGUGACCGUGGGGGCAUACCAGGCCCUUUACUGCUGCUUCCAGGCCCUCGUCGACGAAGGCGAUGAGGUGAUAAUCAUCGAGCCCUUCUUCGACUGCUACGAGCCCAUGGUGAAGAUGGCCGGCGGGACACCCGUGUUCGUGCCGCUGAGACCGAAAGCGCCCAAAGCUGGACAGCUGAUGUCCAGCGCAGACUGGCAGCUGGACCCGGCCGAGCUGGCUUCGAAGUUCGGCGAACGGACUAAAGCCGUUGUCCUGAACUCGCCCAACAACCCGCUGGGCAAGGUGUUCGGCCGAGGGGAGCUGGAGCUCAUCGCGGAGCUGUGCGUGAAGCACGACGCCCUGUGCAUCAGCGACGAGGUGUACGAGUGGCUGGUCUACGACGGGAAGGAGCACGUCCGCAUCGCCAGCUUGCCGGGGAUGUGGGACCGCACCGUCAGCAUCGGCAGCGCCGGGAAAACCUUCAGCGUCACGGGAUGGAAGGUGGGCUGGACCGUGGGGCCGCCCCGGCUGCUGCAGCACCUGCGCACCGUGCACCAGAACAGCGUGUACCACUGCGCCACGGCCGCCCAGGAGGCCGUGGCACAGGGUUUCCGCAGGGAGCUCGAGUGCCUGGGGCAGGCGGACAGCUACUUCACCUCCCUGGUCCGGGAGCUGCAGGGCAAGAGAGACCGGCUGGUGCAGAGCCUGGACGCUGCGGGCAUGAAACCCAUCGUCCCCGAGGGCACCUACUUCUUGGUCGCAGACAUCUCCGCCUUCGCAUCCGAUGUCCCUGACGUCCCCGGCUCUGAUGAGCCCUACGACUCCAGGUUUGCCAAGUGGAUGGUCAAGAACAAGGGCCUCGCCGCCAUCCCGCUCUCCACUUUCUACUCCGGGCCCCACAAGAACGAAUACAGCCGCUUCAUCCGCUUCUGCUUCGCCAAGGAGGAAGCCACCCUGAAGGCGGCAAAUGAUAUACUGCAAAAAUGGAAACGGGAGAAAGCUGGUCAAGGCGCAACGCGCCGGGGACUUAAGCGGCCAGCAGUGACCUCCCCCCCCCUCCCGGCCAUUGGCUCGCGUUCCGCUUCACGUGACCCAGCCGUGGGCCCGGCUCCGCCCAAUCAGCGCCGCGAGGGGGCGUGGCCGGGGAGCACGGGGGCGAUGGCGGACAGCGGGGCGAAGCGCCCCAAGGAGAUGCAGGGCGUGGAGAGGAAGGUGGACUGGCGGCGCUGGAAGCAGGAGCGGAAAGCGGAGAAGAAAAAAUGGAAGGAAAUAAAGCUGCUGAAGAAACUAGAAAAGCAGAGGCUGCAGGAGCUCGCAGAGAAACAGCAAGCUGAAAAGGAAGAGGAGCAGAAGGAGGAUAAAGGGCGUCACUACACCCUGAGUGUCGCCCUGCCAGGCUCUAUCCUGAACAAUGCCCAGUCCCUGGAGCUGCGGACAUACCUUGCUGGACAGAUUGCUCGGGCCUGUGCCAUCUUCUGCGUGGAUGAGAUUGUAGUAUUUGAUGAACACGGAGAAGACGUAAAGAGUGUGGAGGGGGAAUUUGAAGGAAUUGGGAAGAGAGGCAAGGCUUGUGUGCAGCUGGCUCGGAUCCUGCAGUACUUGGAGUGUCCUCAGUACUUGAGGAAAUCCUUUUUUCCAAAACAUGAGGAUCUGCAGUUUGCAGGGCUGCUGAAUCCCCUGGACAGCCCCCACCACAUGCGGGUGGAUGAGGAUUCGGAGUACCGAGAAGGCGUUGUGUUGGACCGGCCAACUAAACCAGGCAGAGGCUCUUUUGUUAACUGUGGGAUGAGGAAGGAGGUGCGGAUUGACAGGCAGCUGGAUCCUGGUCUGCGAGUCACCGUGCGCCUGGAGGAGCCCCAGAAUCCAGACAGCAAAGUGCGGAAAGGCAUCGUGGUGUCCUCGCAUCACCCUCGGACAGCGUCAGGCUUGUACUGGGGUUACAGCGUCCGCCUCGCCUCCUGCCUGAGUGCUGUCUUCUCCGAGUGCCCUUUCAAGGAAGGCUACGACCUCUCUAUCGGGACCUCAGAGCGGGGGAGCUCUGUGGACCAGGCCACUCUCCCUUCCUUUAGGCAUGCCCUGGUCAUCUUCGGAGGUCUCCAGGGCUUGGAAGCUGGGGUUGAUGCAGACCCAAACCUGGAGGUUACUGACCCAAGCGUCUUGUUCGACUUCUACCUGAACACGUGUCCCAGCCAAGGCAGCCGAACCAUCAGGACGGAGGAAGCACUGCUGAUCUCUUUGUCUUCGCUGAGACCCCACAUCGACGAGGCCGUGAAGACGCCCAGCGACAGCCGAGGGAAGGAGAACCACUGACCUCACCGUCAGCUGCAGACUGGCUCAAGGAAGAGCCCUUCGCUAUUCGAGAGCCGGGUACUGGGCAAAUCACUCCAAGAGCCUGGCAGGGCCGAGCCUGGGGAAAGCUAAAGACACAGGGCAACCAAAGCUGACGGUGCAGCUAGACCAAGUGCUGGUUUGUGCUGGGACCAGCAGGCCCGAGCUCUCCUGCUUGCGUGGUCCAGCCAGCGGAGCUGGCUGCUGCCUCUCAGCCGCAUGGGACAAGCCUGACAGCAGACUGAGUUCAGAUGUCUGGGGUGGAAAAUAAAACAAUACUGAACCUCA